CGGCUAUGGUGGUCGGGUGUGGGUGAUGGAGGAGGAAGAAGGGUUGGGGGUGGUCGGCUAUGGCGGACGGGUGUGGGUGCUGGAGGAGGAAGAAGGGUUGAGGGAGGUUGGCUAUGGCGGACGGGUGUGGGUGAUGGAGGAGGAAGAGGAGUUGGGGGCGGUCGGCUAUGGCGGACGGUUGCGGGUAAUGGAGGAGGAAGAAGGGUUGGGGGUGGUUGGCUAUGGCGGACGGGUUUGGGUGAUGGAGGAGGAAGAAGAGUUGGGGGCGGUCGGCUCUGGCGGCCGGUUGUGGGUGAUGGAGGAGGAAGAAGGGUUGGGGGUGGUCGGCUAUGGCGGACGGGUGUGGGUGAUGGAGGAGGAAGAGGGGUUGAGGGAGAUCGUCUAUGGUGGUCGGGUGUGGGUGAUAAAGGAGGAAGAAGGGCUGGAGGUGGUCGGUUAUGGCGGACGGGUGUGGGUGAUGGAUGAGGAAGAAGGGUUGGGGGUGGUUGGCUAUGGCGGACGGGUGUGGGUGAUGGAGGAGGAAGAAGGGUUCAGGGAGGUCGGCUAUGGUGGUCGGGUGUGGGUGAUGGAGGAGGAAGAAGGGCUGGGGGUGGUAAGCUAUGGCGGACGGUUGUGGGUGAUGGAGGAGAGUCGGCUACGGUGGACGGGUGUGGGUGACGGAGGAGGGAGAAGGGUUGGGGGGUGUUGGCUAUGGUGGAGGCGUGUGGGUGACGGAGGAGGAAGAAGGGUUGAGGGAGAUCGGCUAUGGUGGACGGGUGUGAGUGAUGGAGGAAGAAGAAGGGUUGGGGAGGUCCGGAUAUGGAGAAUGGACGUGAGUGAUGGAGGGGGAAGGAGGGUUGAAGGUGGUCGGCUAUGGUGGAUGGGUGUGGGUGAUGGAGGAGGAAGAAGAGUUGGGGGCGGUCGGCUAUGGUGGACGGGUGUGGGUGACGGAGGAGGGAGAAGGGUUGGGGGUUGUUGGCUAUGGUGGACGGGUGUGGGUGACGGAGGAGGAAGAAGGGUUGAGGGAGGUCGGUUGUGGUGGACGGGUGUAAGUGAUGGAGGAAGAAGAAGGGUUGGGGAGGUCCGGCUAUGGAGGAUGGACGUGAGUGAUGGAGGGGGAAGGAGGGUUGAAGGUGGUCGGCUAUGGUGGAUGGGUGUGGGUGAUGGAGGGGGAAGGAGGGUUGAAGGUGGUCGGUUAUGGUGGAUGGGUGUGGGUGAUGGAGGAGGAAGAAGGGUUAGGGGCGGCCGGUUAUGGUGGACAGGUGUGGGUGAUGGCUCGCUUGUCCCGUGGUCCGCGACCGAUUCCUAUUCUACCGCCCAACUCCCUACCCCUUAUGCUUUUCUCGUAGGUCGCUGGUCUUUACCGCAUGUGCCCCCUGUAGAUUCCCAAGAGAGGAAGCAACAAGAAUUGAUCCGUUGACACCUUCCCAAGCAUCUAGAGCCGCAAAACGGCAAU